AUGCUCAGGAUAUCUAGGACCAAUCUAGGAUGUCGGACGGCGGUUCGCAUCCACCCACGGAUUUUACAAUCGUCGCCUGUUAGACUGACGACGUUCCGAUUAGCAUCUAGUGUGGAGAACUCGCCAGUAACUGAUCUUGGAUUUGCCAAAUCUAGCAGGGCUUCCAUCCAACCCAAUUUUACGCCAUUUGAUUCCACAACUGCCGGUGUAGAGGCUCAUGAGCGCACUACCUACUUUAACUUAUGGUCUUUGCUAGAGGCCUGUCUAAAUGCUGGCUACAUGGACCGAGCAUUUUCCAUCUUACAGUCCUUAUAUGAAAGCAAAGUGCAUGCCAAGUUCUUCAUUAGAGAUUAUAAUGAGUAUCUAUUGAAGUAUAGCACAACUGUGGACAAUAUUGAUACUUUGCAAGAGAAAUUAUUCAAUGAUUUAAAUAACGUCUUCAAGGACUUCUCUUACGACGACAGGACACUCUCGAUUCUAUUACACAAAUCUUUGAGCAGUCUUGACAAGAACAUGUACAAUAACUGUCAAAAAUUUUUGGCUAUGAACUUAAACGGUAAUCGCUCAAUUUUGAAGAAUUUGGAUAUCCUCACGGUUUCAGAUUACGCAACUCUAUUCAGAGAAUUGAAACUCAUCAAUCUCACAGAUAUUCCGGAGGCGGUAAGAUCCAUCAUCGAGGAAUCUGAAGAUCCUUCAAAUUCUUUAACGAUUUCCGCCAAGAAAGGUGUCGUAGAAACGUUGCCAAAAGAUGCAGUGGAAUUAAAACCUGUUGACACUUUUGGUUUAAAGGCUGUCAGAAUUUCCUUACAAGGGUUGUCUAUUUCUCCAGAGCAAAGAGAACGUAUCGAUGAGUAUUUGAGUGAUCCAAGCAUGCAAUCAAUGAUCAAUGGUACUACAGAAAAGAAUAUUAACUUUUUCGAGAUAUAUAAAAACUUGAAAACUGAAGAAGAGCAGGAGGCAUUUAAUGAAUUCUUGGACAUGAUUAAUGUUGAAAGGCAACGCGAAUUAGAAAAUAGAUCUUUUGAUGCUUCAAAAGAACGUUGGAAGUAUGAGUUCGAUCAGGCAGCCUCUCAAGGUGGUCUAAAAUUGAAAAAAAACCUUAACGUAAGAUUAUGGGAAUGGUACCAACAAAUGUUGCCCGUUGUUAGACAAGAAGUAGCUUUGUGCCAAGAUCUACUUGAGAAGGAACAGAAAGCUCCAAAUAAACAAAAUAGCGACAGGCUAAAAUAUGGCCCAUACCUAUUGUUGGUGGAACCGGAAAAAAUGUGUGUCAUCACAAUUCUUGAAUUGCUAAAACUACAAUCAAGUGGCGGAGUUACAGAGGGUAUGAGAACAGCUAGGGCUGUGUUGUCAGUUGGAAGAUCUAUUGAAAUGGAAUUCAGAUCAGAGAAGUUAUUAAGAAGUGAGAAUAAAAUGUUCAAAGAAGUGAAUAAGAGAUCACAUGAAUUCAAAAUGUUUGUUCAAAACGCGAAGACUGCUUUGAGGAAUAUGCAUGUUGAAGAAAACAUGAUCCAGUGGCCCUCUGACGUUAAAGCUAAAAUCGGAUCAAUUUUAAUAUCUAUGUUAAUCCAUGUUUCUAAAGUUACCGUCGAGGGAGUGGACCCCAUCACCAAAGAAAAAGUUGUCGGUGAAGCACCAGCCUUCUGCCACACUUUUCAAUACAGAUCUGGUACCAAAAUUGGUAUUUUGAAGAUUCAUAGGUCAUUGGUGAACCAAUUAAGUGCGGAAAGAAUGACCACUAAUAUUCAACCACAGCAUUUACCAAUGUUAGUAAGGCCCAGACCCUGGACUAACUGGAAUUCAGGUGGUUAUAACUAUUCUCAAAGUACGCUUAUCAGAUCUCGUGACUCUCCAGAACAAAUUGCUUACAUAAAGGCUGUGUCGGAACAGGGCUCAAUUGACAAUGUUUACGAAGGGUUAAAUGUCUUAGGUAACACUCCAUGGACUAUCAAUGAAAAACUAUUCAAUAUCGUCUCUGAAGUUUGGAAUACGGGAGAAGGAUUCUUAGACAUUCCACCAGUGCUAGACAACUUUGAGUUUCCACCUCAACCUGCCAGAAGUGAAGAUCCUUUGAUCUUGAAGGAGUGGAGAAAUAAAUGUAGACAGAUGAGCAACGAAUUCAAAGGGUUCAAAUCUUAUAGAUGUGAUUCAAAUUAUAAAUUGGAAAUUGCGAGAGCUUUCCUUGGGGAAAAAUUCUACUUCCCACACAAUAUGGAUUUCAGAGGACGUGCUUACCCAUUAGCCCCUCAUUUCAAUCAUUUAGGUAAUGAUAUGACAAGAUCCCUAUUGAUUUUCUGGAACGGUAAAAAGUUGGGUACUAGCGGUUUGCAAUGGUUAAAAAUUCAUUUGGCUAAUUUGUAUGGUAUGGAUAAGUGUUCGUUUGAAGAAAGAGUGGAAUUCGCAGACACACAUUUGAAAGAAAUAAGGGAAUCAGCGGAGCAUCCCUUGGAUGGAACACGCUGGUGGACAAAGGCAGAUAAACCUUGGCAAUUUUUGGCCACCUGUAUUGAGUUAAAUGAAGCUCUUAAACUAGAUAACCCGGAAAACUUCAUUUCUCAUCAGCCAGUUCAUCAGGACGGUACCUGUAAUGGUCUACAACAUUAUGCAGCUUUGGGUGGUGACAUUGAAGGUGCCAGACAAGUCAAUCUAGUUCCAAGUGACCGUCCACAAGAUGUGUACGCUUUUGUUGCCAAAUUAGUUACUAAACGACUCGAAAACAGUGCAGCAGCUGGAGAUGAACAGGCUGCUAUACUCAAGGAUCUAAUUUCGAGGAAAGUCGUUAAAAGAACUGUCAUGACUAACGUGUAUGGUGUCACCUUUGUUGGUGCUGCUGAUCAAAUUAUGAAAGAAUUAGACCAAUAUUUUGAUAAGCCAGAAGAAAGUAAUGAACUGUCAAGAUAUUUGGCCAAACAUGUUUUUGCCUCUAUUCGCGAAUUGUUUCAUGCAGCACAUUUGAUUCAGGAUUGGUUAGGUGAGUGUGCCAAAAAAAUAUCAAAAUCUGUCAGGCUAGAUUUCGAUCUCAAUCAAUCGAAGACAAUUAACAGCAGUGAUCUAAUGACUUCUGUCAUCUGGACCUCUCCUUUGGGGCUUCCUGUUGUGCAGCCAUAUAGAGAUUUGAAAAAAAAACAAGUGCAGACAAACUUGCAAACCGUCUUUAUCACUGAUCCGUUCGCUAUCAAUCCAAUUAAUCCUAGGAGACAACAAGCAGGGCUUCCACCUAACUUCAUCCAUUCACUAGAUGCAUCUCAUAUGCUUCUUUCCGCCAUACAAUGUGGCAAAGCUGGCCUUGAUUUUGCUGCAGUCCAUGAUUCUUAUUGGACUCAUGCUAGUGAAGUUGACAAUAUGAAUCGUCUCUUAAGACAGGAAUUCAUCAAACUUCACGAGGUCGAUUUAAUUGAAAGAUUAAAGAAUGAAUUCGACGAACGUUAUAGAGACUACCUAGAAAUUGUUAAGAUCAGUAGAGACUCUGCAUUAGGUCAAAAGAUCUUAGAAGUUAGAGCCGAUUUUGCCAAAAAGGAGGGGAGAAAUAUGACAAUUGCUGACGAAAUUAGAAUGGAGAAGAGGAGGGUGGAACUCAUGAGAUCAGACAAACCAGAAGAUCAAGCGGAGGCUGCAAGUAUGGUGACCACCGUUUCUUGUACGCUUGACUAUGACAUGCAACAAGAAGAAGCUAGAAGUAAAACCAAAGUUUCACAAUUGACUAUCUUGACCCCAUUGAGACUCCCAGAAAUCCCUCCAAAGGGUGAAUUUGACGUGCAGGAGUUACUGCAUAGCAAGUACUUCUUUUCUUAA